ACCAGUAGCUCCUUCACGUUCGGCAGGCUCGUAGCUGGCAUAUCAUCCCGUCAAUUGCUAUUUACCCCUCUCCAUCCCCUCUCAGUUCCUCCUCUCCCUCUUCUUCUUUCUUCUCCCUAGCACAGCUUCAAGCUUGAAACUACACACAACACUCUACAAACACUUACAAUACCGGCAAGAUGUCUGCAUCAAAGACCUCGGCGGUGGCCGACGAGCCCAUUGAGGUGCUCUUUGCGCUCCACCCAAAGUUCGACCUGCUCGACUUUGCCGGCCCCGCCGAGGUUUUCACCACUGCUUUGCACGACUGGAAGGACGAUUCCUCCAAGGCCUUCGACAUCACCCUAGCCGGUGCAGAGGAGAAGGUCCUCUCCGAGCAGGGCGUCAUCAUCGGCUCCCAAAUCUCGUUCAAGGAAGCACACAAGCGUCUCGAGGACUUUGACGUCCUCGUUAUUCUGGGCGGCAACUCGGCUGAGAUUCUCAAGACGGAGGAGCAGCCUGCCGGCCUGAUCUGCGACUUCUCGGAGCUGCAGAAGAAGGACCCCGGACGCGAGCGCACCAUCCUCUCCGUCUGCACAGGUGCCCUCUUCCUCGCCAAGGAGGGCAUCCUGUCCGGCCUGUCGGCCACGACGCACCCCGACUACUUCACUACCUUUGAGAAUCUGUGCAGUGACGCCGCGACCCGUAACCUCCAGGAGCGCACCGACGUUGUCGAGGACGCCCGCUACGUCGUCAACAACCUUCGCUUCGAUCUCGGCGAGGAGGAUGACAACCCCUACAUUCGCCGCAAGUCUGACGCCGGUCGCCGACCCUCCAACGCUCGCAAGGGCAGCAUGUCCUGGAAGGGCUCCAACACGCGCCGCGAGUCGAUCACCCGCCGCGCUGCCAUGCGCCUCGGAGGUCUGCGUGUGAUCACGGCUGGAGGCAACAGCGCUGGCGUGGAUGCAGCCUUGUAUCUCGUCAGCGCCUUGGUUGAUGAUGAGUGUGCGACAGAGGUGGCCAGGAUCAUGCAAUGGACCUGGAACAAGGGCAUUGUCGUCGACGGUCUCGACGUCUAAUCAAACUUGCCCGGCCAACGAGGGCCAGUGUAUCUUAUGUGAGGCC